UGGAUAGCUGGAGAUUGCUUUGUAAGCGCCAAAACAGCUGUUCCAACCAGAAGACUGCAGAGGGAGACGGAUCUGUGUUUCCCGUGGCUGGGAUUUUCUAUUCUUCCUCGCCGGAUUUUCCAUUUCCAUGUAUUGCCGAGUCUUCGCUCCCCUUUGGAAUAAGCAGGCUUGUCUGCUGAGGUCCCUCCACCCUGCGAUCAGCAAUGAUUUGAUGUGAGGCUUGCUAAAGAAGAAGGGGAAAAAAAAAAGGGAAGCACAUUGUAGUGACUGCCUGCCUGCCAUUGCAGCAGAGAGGUGCUGGGCUUCCUGCAAGCCAGGGAAAUGGUGUGCUGCUAAGGCUGCGGAUCGCUGGGGCUGGAGACGAUCACCGAAGCCUGGAUGUGUGUGCCUGACAUCUGCAACAUGUUGGGGAGAGGGAUCGAGGGGCAUCUCGAUGGGAAAAGCGCCUGAUUUUCCCCCACUACCAUGCCCACUCCUUGAAGGAAGUCCCCACUGGCUGCAAUCUGUGCUGGAGUACUGGCAACACACAAACACACACCAUCUCUGUGGAAUCCUUCAAUGAAGUCCAUCAGAUCCUGAGCUAGGUGAUGACCCUCCAAGCUGGAUUGUCUCCUCUGCUCAACACACAUUGGGAUUUUUCCUUCUAAACCCCCCCAAAAUAAUCAAAGUGGAUAUUUUAGUCCUUGAACCUCCUCUCUUGCCAUACAUGAACCAGGCCUCAUUCAGGAGCAAUCUGCAUUCACACAUCCCCUGGGUCCAUCAACGCAUCCAUUUGAAUGAUCCCCAUCUUUGCAAUUCAGGUUGCAGAGACACAUUUGUUGUGUUGUUUUUUUUUGGGCAGGAUUGCAGUGUUAAUUUUUUUUUAAUAGAGUUUUCGUAUUUAUUUUUUUAAACGGAUACUGUGUUUUUUUAAUUUGUUGACUUGCGUUUCUUGGCUGGGUGACUUAUAACUUCAAGUUUCCACCAUGGCGGAUCUAGAGGCGGUGUUGGCUGAUGUCAGCUACCUGAUGGCAAUGGAGAAGAGUAAAUCCACUCCUGCGGCCAGGGCUAGCAGAAGAUCGUACUGCCUGAACCCAGCAUUCGAAGUGUGAUGCAAAAGUAUUUAGAAGAAAGAGGUGAAUUGACCUUUGACAAGAUAUUCAACCAGAAAAUAGGUUUCUUGCUAUUCAAAGAAUUUUGCACAAGUGACAUUGAUGAAGGGGUUCCACAGCUCAAGUUUUAUGAGGAGAUAAAAGAGUAUGAGAAAUUGGAUUCAGAGGAGGACCGUCUUUGUAGAAGUCGACAGAUUUAUGACACAUACAUUAUGAAAGAGCUAUUAUCUUGUUCACAUCCAUUUUCGAAGCAAGCUGUAGACCAUGUUCAGGCCCACCUCGCAAAGAAACAAGUGCCCCCUACUCUAUUUCAGCCAUAUAUCGAAGAAAUUUGUGAUAGCCUUCGAGGAAAGAUAUUUCAGAAAUAUAUAGAAAGCGACAGGUUUACAAGGUUUUGCCAGUGGAAAAAUGUUGAAUUAAACAUCCAUUUGACCAUGAAUGAUUUUAGUGUUCAUCGAAUUAUUGGACGAGGUGGAUUUGGUGAAGUUUAUGGUUGUCGGAAAGCAGACACUGGUAAAAUGUACGCAAUGAAAUGUCUAGAUAAGAAGAGGAUCAAGAUGAAACAAGGAGAGACCUUAGCCUUAAAUGAAAGGAUCAUGCUAUCCCUUGUCAGCACAGGGGACUGUCCGUUCAUAGUGUGCAUGACUUAUGCCUUCCAUACGCCUGACAAACUCUGCUUCAUCUUGGAUCUGAUGAAUGGUGGGGAUUUGCACUACCACCUCUCUCAACAUGGUGUUUUCUCAGAGAAGGAGAUGAGAUUUUAUGCUGCUGAAAUUAUCCUGGGCUUGGAACACAUGCACAACCGCUUUGUAGUGUACAGAGACUUGAAGCCAGCAAAUAUUCUAUUAGAUGAACACGGGCAUGUGAGGAUAUCAGACUUAGGUCUUGCGUGUGACUUUUCCAAGAAGAAACCACAUGCUAGUGUAGGAACCCACGGGUACAUGGCUCCUGAAGUGCUGCAAAAAGGCACAGCAUACGACAGCAGUGCAGACUGGUUUUCUCUAGGAUGUAUGCUCUUCAAACUCCUGAGAGGUCACAGUCCUUUCAGACAGCAUAAAACCAAAGAUAAACAUGAAAUUGACAGGAUGACGCUCACCAUGAAUGUGGAGCUACCGGACUCGUUCUCCCCAGAGCUCAAGUCGCUAUUGGAAGGUCUUCUCCAGAGAGACGUCAGCAAGAGACUUGGAUGCCAGGGUGGCAGUGCUCUUGAAGUAAAAGAGCAUCCAUUCUUUAAAGGUAUAGACUGGCAACAAGUAUAUAUGCAAAAGUAUCCUCCACCGCUUAUUCCUCCUCGAGGAGAGGUGAAUGCAGCUGAUGCAUUUGACAUUGGCUCCUUUGAUGAAGAGGACACAAAAGGCAUUAAGUUGCUUGAUAGCGAUCAGGAGCUGUACAAGAACUUCCCUUUGGUUAUAUCUGAGCGCUGGCAACAAGAAGUAGCAGAAACAGUUUAUGAAGCUGUCAAUGCAGAUACUGAUAAGAUUGAAGCCCGAAAAAGAGCAAAAAACAAGCAGCUGGGGCAUGAAGAAGAUUAUGCACUAGGAAAGGACUGCAUCAUGCACGGAUAUAUGCUGAAGUUGGGGAACCCAUUCCUGACCCAGUGGCAGCGAAGAUACUUUUACCUCUUUCCCAACAGACUUGAAUGGAGAGGAGAAGGAGAAUCUCGGCAAAAUCUAUUGACAAUGGAACAGAUAGUGUCUGUGGAUGAUACUCAGAUCAAGGACAAGAAAUGUAUCCUGUUAAGGAUCAAAGGAGCAAAACAGUUUGUUCUGCAGUGUGAGAGCGAUCCAGAGUUUGUACAGUGGAAGAAAGAACUGACUGAAGCAUUUACUGAGGCACAGAGGCUAUUACGUCGGGCUCCAAAGUUUCUGAACAAGUCCCGAUCUGCAGUUGUAGAGAUCUCUAAACCACCGCUCAGUCACAGAAAUAGCAAUGGCCUUUAAGUGGCAGGACUGGACCAAGAAUUCUUAGGCAUAACUACUUAAACCACCUUGCCCAAGGUCUACAGCAUUGAUGUUAGUUACUUGUAUGGCCCUCAAAAGCAAGGUGUACAUAGGAGAAAGUUUGGGAGCCUGCAUCACACAUUGUCUAGUCUACUGAAGACUGGUCUUGCCGCCUGAAGUCUAGAAGAGGUCACACAGCUCGAGGCAAAGAAAAGAUGAAUUUUCACUAACAGAAGAGUUGUGAAAGUUGCCAAAUUUAGUGAUAGCUCAUCAUUCUAUUGCAUCGGCUUACCCUGAAUGACCUAUCUCUUAAUGCUGAAGAAGCAAGGCAUCAGACCUUUUUUUUUUUUUUUUUUUUUUUUAAAUCAUGGCAUAUGCAUGCUUUGGUGUAUGCCAGACAAGAAUAUGAUUUUUUUUUUUUUUUUUUUUUUUGCAGUAGUUGCUUUUACGUUGAUUUUUAUGUCUAAAUUUCAACAUAUCCCUGGAUGUUUUCUGAAGGCAUUGCCAAGUUUUAAGAAUGUUCGCAAGAUGAUAGCUUUCCUGAGUGUUGCCAUAAUUGCCCCUUUUCCUUUUGUCCUCCCAACUUGCACUGUUGACUUUGAACUAGCAGUGUGAUGAUACUGUUAUGCACUUCAAUGACUUUUACCUGUCCUGUGGUUACAAGAUGUACAUACUAAGAAUAUUCACCCAUUUCUAUGUGUUCACCAAAAUAGUGGCUGCCACUGUCUUGCUGUGUAUGAGGGUAGAGAUAUCAUAGUCGAGUAAUUAUUGGUAAACUGGAGUGCAUGGUAGCUUUGUCCAGUGGUCUUUUAUCCAGUUUAGCACAGUUUUAAUCAAGUUCAUUCUUCAGAUACGUUUACAGCUAUUAUAAAUACAGGAUUUUUUCCUUUUCAGGUCAAAUGCACUUAUUUUUAUUUUGUUUAUAAAAUCAGAUUAUUGCUUAAGUGAAAAGCAGGUGAGAACAUUGGAUAAUCUUGGUACGCGUCAUGCUGUAUUCCUAAAUUAGUCUUUGCUAUCUGAAGUUGCUGUCCUUGUUUUCCAUAUGUCUAAUGUUGGGACCUCUAAUGCUGUCAUUCUAUUAGGUGUCAAAAAGGAUGCAGAGCUAUGACCAUUGUCACUUCGAGUUUAUAUUCUGAAUUAGACAGGACAAAACAAUUGGACAGCUCUGUUGUUACUUCCUGCUAUAUACAGUGUUGCUAUAAUGGCACCUUGCUUGUAUAGUGACUCGGCAUCGUAACUGCAUGGCAGCCCCUAGCGUUUAGCCUUUUUUUAUUUUGUCAGUAAAGUGCAAAGUGCCAAUGGACUUGAAAACUUCCUAGAAACAGAUUCACUAUAUAUAACUUAGACGUCUAAGUGUAUCUGUAAAUAAUUAAUUUAAAACAUUUGUUACAAUAGCGUGAGAGAAAACACUGCUGUAAUUUCCAUCCUCAUCUUACAUUUUAUAUUUGCAAUCAUAGUAAGGAGUUCUUUGGAAGGCCAGUGACUCAACAUUAGUUUCUCUCCUAGAUUUAAUUAUUUGCAGUGGUACCCGCCUUUGCAUAAGCAAUUUAAUGAACCACUGGGGAAGGGGGUCUAAUGAAUGUGAUGUUCUUCAUAUAACAAGAGUCAAAUGGUUAUUGGUUGGAAAAAAAAAAAACUACUGUGAAGUAUGAAUCUCUAUAUUUGUAUUAAAAUCACAUGCAGUGUUUGGUAUGAACAUGCGAGUAAUUGGUAGCUGCACUUUUAAAGGGAACAAUGAGAUCCAUUGUGUGUAAAUUGUACUUUUAAUGUGCAUUCCUUGAUGUUGUCAACAGUGGUUAGAUUCUGAAAUUAAGCAGCAAAUGGUAACAAGAUCCUUUUUUUUUUUUUUUUGCCUUAGAAACUCUAAAGAGACCUAGUCAAAUGCCAGAACAAGAUAUGUUUUGAAAUCCAGAUAAACGGUUUUAAUAUUUUAAACUAUUUUAAAACUAAUAAGGAGGGGAGAUAAGUUAUAUCAUAAUACAGUAAGUUUAUGGACAUCAUUUCUGUAAUCGGCUCCACAACCUAGGUUAGUUUGUCCUAGGUCAGUUUGUCUUAUUGUGCUUUAAGUGUUGGUAGAAGCCAUAGUUAUGGCGGAGGAAGGUGCAAUGACUGUUACUGAUUGGGCACCGAUGUGUAGGACCAGUAUUGCAUAGCAAUAAAAUAAUAUCAUUCAAUAAAUGUAUCACUUCACAUAGCACCUUAUUGUGAACAGUUUAUAAUAAUAACUAGUCUGGAUACUAUUGUUCUGUGCUCAGUAUGCCUCCAUUAUAUGUAAGUAAUAAAAGUCUGACCACCUAAACAAAAUACCAUAUCACUAAGAGAGAAAUAGAUAAAAAAACAUCCUAUUACAGUUUUUAUAGAACUUAUCAAACAUAUCACAUUAUCUUUAUGUGAUUUAUAGACCUUUACAGACUGUAAGAUUAUUAACAUGUACAUGUAAAUGAUAUUACUAGUCUACUAAGGACUUGUAUUUGUUAUAGUUGGCUAGAAACUGCAAAUUAUUUUUCAACAUGGUUAUCAUACUUCAUAGGAUCUGAUCCUACCAUUACUUGCUAGAAAACCUAUUUACCAGUUAAGAGAAUUGGCUUUGUGUGCACAUUUUUUUCAGUGUUUUCAAUGUAUAUCAGAUUCACCCCUUGGCAAAACAAUGGGUUAAUUUGACAAAUAUUAUUGAAUCCUACUUUACAUGUAUUUUGUAACCAUUUGCUUGUUUGUGAGAUUAAUCUUUGGAAGCAAUUACUUGCUUUACAGUGCAGAGGAUUUAAGCUGCAUCACCACUGGUUGUUAUGAGAGACAACAUUCAAGUUAAGCUCAGCAUGUCACUGAAAACUGCAUGUAUUCUUCUCGAUUCAUACAAUGUCACUCAUGUAUACUGUGUUCUAGUGGUGUCUGACCUUGAAACACCUUGUGGUCCAGAGGAAUAUUCUUUUCCCCCCUGCUAGCUCAUCCUUAUUCUCUCUAGAUAUGUACUCAUGUAUAAAUUAUUUAAGGAUUACAUUGACAGGAUUUGUCAGGUUCCACACCUCUACGAAUCAAUUGUACCACGGACGCUAAGUGAAUAGAGAAAAGGUGCAACCACACAGGGGUUGAGGCACCUUUCUAUCACAAUUUUUUUUUUAGUAUUUGCUACUGAUAAAAUAUACUUACUUAUUUAUUUGCUUUAGUUUGAGCAAGUGUUGCAGGUAAACGGUUGACUUAUCAGUAUGAAUUUCCUUAGAUGUCUCCAGAAAUAAACAUAUAGGUUAGUCUAGUGGUCAGGUUUGUGGCAAAGCACAAUAUUGAAGGUUGUACAGUGGAAAAAAGCACAUUUCUAAAACCCUUGAAUGGAAAGUUUCACACAAUAUUGGAUGGUAAGAUGUCCACUUUGCUAGUGUAGUACAGUCACCUCAUACCUAUGUGAUGCUCACACUUCAUAUACAUUUAUUUCUAUCUAGAUAUCCUGUAGCUUACUGUAGAUUUUAUAGUCUCCAACUUCCCCAAGACACUUGCUGCAGCUAUGUCAACAUUAAUUUAAUAUUUUAUAAUUGCAUAUUAGCUAAAACGUACUCCACCACUGUUCUUUUAGAAAACUGUAGAUCUUAUAUAUGCAUAUGCAUAUAAUAUAAGAAAGCUUUCCUCCAGCUCAACCUAUACUGCUAAUCCAGGGUUGCAGAAUUUUUGAAAGCUUAGAAGAAUAUUUUACACAAAAAUAAACUCUAUAAUCAGACCAUCUUUAAACAUGAAACUUCCUCCAGAAUUGCCCAUAUUGGCAAAGAAACAGCGUUUUAGAGCAAUCGUCCUUAAUGCCAUCAUAAAAUGUAUAUGAGCUAUGAAGUGACAAUCUUGACAUCUAUGUGUGGUUGUAUUAAAUGCUUCAAUUAGGACAUCGAUGUACACUGAACGCAGUACAGUACUUGGUAGACACAAAUUUCAGUUGGUGUCAAUGCAUUUGGCGUGCUAAUGUGCUUUUAAACAAUCAUUUUAAAUUUGUGUGUUAUAUAAUAAGUCUGCUGGUAGCUUACUCAGAGAAGUCAAGAACAUUUGCACAUGGCCCUGUAGGAACAUGUCCAACCCGACUGACCAGAUCAUCUAGAUCAAUGUAAAUUACGUACAGCAAAAAUAAUCAAGAAUGUUAGAUACAGGACCAUUAAAUGUUGCCUUUAUCGAGCUGCACGUGUAUGAAUGCCCCCGUGUAUUGGUGCAGGGCUCUCCAGGAAGGUAGAUCACAGUGCAGGGAGACCAGGGAUGUGGUCUUGAUCACUUGUAUUAACCAUAUUAUACUGGAAAAAUGUAGCUGUUCCAUUCUUUCCUUUAUCAUUAAGAGAACAGAGAAUAUUGUUGUAAUGUAUGCUAAUGGAAGGAGCAGUCAUGCUUUGUAUUAUUGCUUCCUCAAUCUGAAUUAGCCAAUGCUUCUGUUGUUUGACACUUGUACCCAUGCAACUCAUCUUUCGUUUGUGGCAUUUGUGUUGCAUAUUGAUGUACAUAUUUCAGCCAUGGCAAGGUAAAUAUUACUUUCUCUUCAGCAAAACUGUGCACAUGUUCAUACAUCCUGUUUGAACUCAAUUGUUAUGGACUCGGCUGUACUUUGGUAAAUGAAGGUAGUUAUGUAGGAAUAGACCAAGAGUUAUAUUUUAACAAGAGUUCAUUUUAUAUUAUUUAUUAAAUCCAUGCAUUUCUUUGAUGUUGCUGACAUUCCACAGAAUUGUUUCUUAUCUGUAUAGUUGGUUAUUUAAGGUGUGCUGGCAAUUUCAUUUUAAGUAGAACUAUCCGCUUUAUUCUGUUUUUCAUAAAUAAACGCCAUUGAACACAGAACACCA